AUUGGUGGAGUCGCUGCUGAUUUACCUCAUGGCUGGAUAGAUAAAUGUUUGGAUUUUUGCGAUUAUUUUUUAACAGGAAUUGCUGAAUAUCAAAAGCUUAUUACACGGAAUCCCAUUUUUUUAGAACGAGUUGAAGGAGUAGGCAUUAUUGGUGGAGAGGAAGCAAUAAAUUGGGGUUUGUCGGGACCAAUGCUACGAGCUUCCGGAAUAGAAUGGGAUCUUCGUAAAGUUGAUCAUUAUGAGUGUUACGAUGAAUUUGAUUGGGAAGUCCAAUGGCAAAAAGAAGGGGAUUUGUUAGCUCGUUAUUUAGUACAAAUCAGCGAAAUGACAGAAUCCAUAAAAAUUAUUCAACAGGCCCUAGAAGGAAUUCCGGGAGGGCCCUAUGAAAAUUUAGAAAUCCGCCGCUUUGAUAGAGCAAAAGAUACUGUAUGGAAUGAGUUUGACUAUCGAUUCAUUAGUAAAAAACCUUCUCCGACUUUUGAAUUGUCGAAGCAAGAACUUUAUGCGAGAGUCGAAGCACCAAAGGGAGAAUUGGGAAUUUUUUUGAUAGGAGAUAAGGGUGUUUUUCCUUGGCGAUAUAAAAUUAGGCCGCCGGGAUUUAUUAAUUUGCAAAUUCUUCCUCAGUUAGUUAAAAGAAUGAAAUUGGCUGAUAUUAUGACGAUACUAGGUAGUAUAGAUAUCAUUAUGGGAGAAGUUGAUCGUUAAAAUGAUAAUUGAUACAACAGAAGUACAAGCUAUCAAUUCUUUUUCUAGAUUGGAAUCCUUAAAAGAGGUCUAUGGGAUCAUAUGGGUGCUUAUCCCUAUUUUUACUCCUGUAUUAGGAAUUACAAUAGGUGUACUAGUCAUUGUUUGGUUAGAAAGAGAAAUAUCCGCGGGUAUACAACAACGUAUCGGUCCUGAAUACGCAGGACCUUUGGGAAUUCUUCAAGCUCUAGCAGAUGGUACCAAAUUACUUUUCAAAGAGAAUCUUCUUCCAUCUAGAGGAGAUACUCGUUUAUUUAGUAUUGGACCAUCUAUAGCAGUCAUAUCAAUUUUAUUAAGUUAUUUAGUAAUUCCUUUUGGUUAUCGCCUUGUUCUAGCCGAUCUCAGUAUUGGUGUUUUUUUAUGGAUUGCUAUUUCAAGUAUUGCUCUUGUUGGCCUUCUUAUGUCAGGAUAUGGCUCAAAUAAUAAAUAUUCUUUUUUUA